UUUCAGCGUUCUCCCACAAAAUUACUUCACGGUCCCCGUAGUCAUUUCUCCACACCAAGGCAGCAUGGCGAGGAAAUCAACAUCCAGUAAACGAACGAAGCAGAUUCCCGGCGCUACUUCGUCGGAAAUCUCACCGGCGGCAGAAUCAAUCGCUAACAACGUCGAUCUCCUCACAGAAAUCCUACUACGUUUGCCAGCGAAAUCCCUUGUCCGAUUCGAGUCCGUUUCCAAGCACUGGCUCUCUGUCAUCUCCCGCCCCCAAUUCUCCACCGCCCACUCCUCCAGAAACCCUAGCCCUUCUGUCUCAGGCUUGUAUUCCUAUGAAAUUUCUACUUCUGAUUACUCUAGGAGACUCAACACCGUCUCCCUUCACGGCCCCGGGAAUCUCCCCUCUCUCGCCUUCGUUGACGGCCCCGGAGGCACUCGAUCCAGACCCAGGAUUGAACACUCUCUCAACGGACUGCUAUUGUUUAGUCACUUGGAUGAGGAAAGUGAAACUAUUUCAUACAUAGUUUGUAAUCCCACCACACAGAAACGCACAGUACUAUCACGUGGUUGGAUUUCGAAAGCACCUCAUGAUGGUUUCUUGGCAUUUGACCCUUCUAAAUCGCCUCACUACAAGGUUGUCUUGAUUAGUAUGUCCACUUCCCGACCUUACUGUGUUGAUGUCUAUUCCUCGUAUGAUGCAUCUUGGGACUAUGUUUUCGUUGAGGAUAAAUGUUGUUAUAGCGAUGGGGUCUUUUGGAAUGGAGCAAUCCAUUGGUUAAGUGAUGAGAGUGGUCUCUUGAGAUUUGACGUUGAUGCAGGGGAGAUGAUAGCACUGCCAAACCCUAGGAAUCCGAAGAUCCUUGCCUAUGAUAAGAUUUUGUACUUCGGAGAAUGUGGUGGGCGUCUGGUUCUUCUUCAGUCUCCUUCGUGCUUCCCUAUGGGAUUCGGAAUACUUGAGCUAGAAAAGGACUACUCCGGUUGGUCUGUCAAGUGUCGGGUCAAUCUAAGGCGCUUGAGAAAUGAAUUCCCUGAGACGGAUAAGGUGAGCUAUAUGUUUCCCGGAUUUAGAGUGCUGUAUGUUUCGAAGGGAGAGAAGGAAAAAGAUUUCGUUGUUGUGUUAGCUAUUCCAGGGAGGAUUAUUUCGUAUAAGCUGAAGUCCAGGACGUGGGAUGUGCUUCCUGGUCUAUUUCCAAGUGAGUCAUAUGAUGGUGGUGCUUAUCCAUUUGUUGAAUCCCUAUUUCCUGUCUGAACAUUAUCUUCCAUGUUGGAGCAUGUGUUACAACUUUUCUAUGAUACUGUUCCUUAGUGUUGAA